AUGGAGGAGGUGGUGAAGAAACGGCCGAUAAUCUCUGCGAGAGAAAGAGGCCCGGGACCUGGACGCUACGCUCUGCCCCCUACAGUUGGAUACAUCAACCAUGACUUCACCAAACCCAGCAGCCCCGCAUACUCCUUCCACGGCCGCACGAGCAGUGAGUUUUCAUUGGUCCCCUUUGACUCCAGUCCGGGACCAAGGUACCACAUUGGCGCCAAGGUUACCCGCUUUGGCCGGAUGGAGACGCCAUCUUACUCUAUUUUGGGCAGAGGAAGGCGCACAGGGAGUACAGACGAGCUGUUCCAUACACCUGGACCAGGUGCCUACAGCCCAGAAAAGGCUCCGCCUCUCAAUGCUCACAGACCUCCAUCCUACACCAUUGGCGCCCGCACCAGAUACCGCUCUAUGGAUGCUGUACCAGCACCCAACAGCUACAGUCUUCCUAAUCUGCUGGGCUGCCAGGUUCCCAACAAACCCUCCAGCGCCAGCUACAGCUUCUCAGGCCGGAGGAAGGUCGGAGCUCCGUCUGAAGAUCUCUCCAUGAGCCCCGGACCGGGAAAAUACAACAGUACAAACCCAGACAUCUACCGCCAUCGCCAGCCCUCCUUCUCCAUGCAGAGCCGGACUAAGAGGCCCAGUUACUCUUCCGCUGUUCCCGGCCCGGGCGCGUACAGCCCGGAGAAAUCUCAUGUGCAUCUUCCCAAACCCCCGUCCUUCACUCUGGGUGUCAGACACUCUGAGUUCGUCACCCCACUAGUGGUGGAUGUAGUUGAUUGA